AUGAACCACCUCGUACCACCUCAGGAGAAGGUAUCGACAGAGACUAGCUGGAAGGGACGUUUACCCGUGGACCACGAGAUUCCCCCUCAGCACGAGCCAAAUUCUACAAAUGACUCGAGUCACCUCAUUCCUCCCCAAGAGGAAAUGCGCAGAGAUGCGACCGCAGGACAUGCACCCCUAGACAAGGGCAUUGGUCGUCUCCGUCGCGAGCUGGACACUCGCACCGUCCACGAUGACGCACUCACGAGGGACGACCAGCUUCGGAGCAAGCAAAUGAAGGAUUCUGUCCUGGCUGGGGCGGCUGGAGUGACAGGAGAGGACGUCGGGUUUGCGGAGAAUAAGCGGCUUGUCUGA